AUGGCCGCAGCCCUCGUCGACGCUGGUGCCCGCUGUGCGGCAGCGGUCGGCAGCCAGGCGCUGGGGACUUGGCUCGGUUGCAGCCACAGCGCAGCGUGCGACUGCAGCUGCCAUUUCGACGCCUCGCCCGACGAGGCAUUGAUCGCUCUGCUGAAGGGCCAGCUCGACAGGUGUGGCCCCGAGCACCUCCACGGACAUCCCACGGUGGUCGCGUCCUGCCCGCCAGUUGGGCACGCCCGGCUCGAGGUGGUCUUGGCGCUGGCGCUCGGCCUCUGCGCGCGGGACGCCGUGUGCUUCUGCCUCCGUCGGACAGCGCUGACGCGGGUCGAGCGAGAGGACAACUACUGGCAUGAGCGUGUUUCGCUGGGACGAAUCACCAGCAGCAGAUGGGUGGUGGUCACCCCCCACUUUGACAUCUAUGAAAAAGACCUCUCGGACGCGCUGCAGCUCUGCCUGGUCGGCCCUACGGGGGGCCUGCCGACGAAGCUGCCUGGACACCUGCUCAGGAUGGACAUGGAUCGCUUCGGUCGGAACGAGAAGCAACUUCUCGAGGAGGGCCAGCUGCUGGCCGCCGAGGUGCGGCGUGAGGAAGGCCUUGCCGACGAAGAGGCUGGACUCCCCGCGCUCCCUGCGCCGUCUGACGACGCACCUGCUGCCAAGGCUCUCACCGAUCGUGCUAGCGCUGGUGAUGCUGUGCGCUGGGUGGUCCAGGAGGCUAGAGCAGGUUACCACCAUGGGGACGAGCUGCUUGCUGGUACCGUCCCCAGCCGCAUUGCGGGCGACCGCGGGAUUGUCGAGCUUGCCGACGGAACCAUGCUGGCAGUCGCGAAGGCGGAGACCCAUGGCGGCACGGCCACUCCGCGCGACGGCGACAGGGCAGGCGAGCAGGAGCUGCGCACCCUCCCCGUCAGGUACAACCAGGGCGGCUCGAGGGUCAGAGAUUUCGCAGAGGCAGUCGACAUCAUGUCCACCAGCACGAUGGGC